AUGUCGAACAACGGUGCAUAUGUGGUGCCGCAGGUCAAGACCGGCACCUCGACCUCAUCCAAAACUAGCUUCCACUUCGCGGCCGGUCUCUGCUCCGGUCUCACUUCCUCCAUCCUACUCCAACCAGCCGAUCUCCUCAAAACCCGCGUCCAGCAAUCCCAGCAAACAGCCGCCCUCCUCCCAACAUUAAAAGCCAUCCUCUCAUCCCCGAACCCGGUCCGUGGACUAUGGCGCGGCACGCUCCCCUCAGCGCUCCGAACAGGCUUCGGGUCCGCGCUCUACUUCACCAGCCUCAAUGCGCUGCGCCAGACAAUCGCACAGGCCAAUAACCCCAUCGCGCUGGCAAAUGCCACAGCCACGCCCAAAUCCUCCUCCGCCCUCCCCAAACUCUCCAACACAGCCAAUCUCGCCACGGGUGCCGUCGCACGCGUCGCCGCGGGCUUCGUCAUGAUGCCCGUGACCGUGCUCAAGGUGCGCUACGAGUCCGACUACUACGCCUACCGUAGUCUUUGGGGCGCCGGCCGGGACAUUGUGCGCACCGAAGGCAUGCGCGGUCUCUUCGCGGGCUUUGGCGCCACCGCCGCCCGCGAUGCGCCCUACGCCGGCCUCUACGUCCUCUUCUACGAGCAGCUCAAACGACAAUUAGCCUCUAGGCGCUCCUCCAAUAGUGAUGGCACCCCGCUGGAAGCCGUUUCGUCUUCGUCCAUCAACUUCGUGUCGGGUGCCUCGGCCGCCGGGCUGGCAACUGCCAUCACCAAUCCGUUCGAUGCCGUCAAGACCCGGCUGCAGCUGAUGCCCACCAAGUACGGGAACAUGUUGCGCGCGGUGCGCUUGAUGGUCCAGGAGGAUGGUGUUCGCAGUCUCUUUGGGGGGCUUGGUCUACGCAUGGCUCGCAAGGCGCUCAGCUCCGCGCUUGCAUGGACGGUCUACGAGGAGCUUAUCCUGCGCGCCGAGAAGCGGUGGGCGGCGAAUAAUCAUCAGCUGACCCUCUGA